AGAGAGAGAGCGAGAGAGAGAGAGAGAGAGCGCGCGCGCAAGAGAGAGAGAGAGUGUGAGAGAGAGCUAGAGAAAGAGCGAGCGAGAGAGUAAGAGAGAGAGAGAGAAAGAGUGAGAGGCCAAAUGAAACAGAGUUAUCAGCAGCAGAAGGAGAGGGGAGCGCAGACACAGGGGAGUUUAAAAAAAACUUUCCUCUUCAUGCUUCUCGGAUCCUAACCGCGUGAGGACUUUAUCAACAUGCACCUCCCGGGAGUCCCUCUUCUCCUGUCCUACCUGCUCUACACCAACCUGGCCAGCGACCUCAGCCACAGCGACGACGACGAUUACUACGAGCACGAGCAGAUGGACGAGCCGGACUCUUCCCCAAAGCAAGACAUGGAGGAGAAGUUGCGUUCAGCUUCUAAUGUGGAUGAACUGAUGAGUCUUAUUUAUCCAUCAUACUGGGCCGCUCUGAAGUGCAGAUCCAAACUAUCUGCUGCCCCUCCCGCCUUCAAGCUCCAACCUCGCCGACUGAGGCCGCUGGCCGAUACAGAAGAGCCAAUAUUUGCUGCUGCGUACCUCAACUUGGAUGUCCUGAAAAGUAUAGAGUCGGAGUGGAGGAAGACUCAGUGCAUGCCCAGGGAAGUGUGUGUCGACGUGGGCAGGGAGUUCGGGGCUCCCACCAACAUCUUCUAUAAACCACCCUGUGUGUCCGUCUACAGAUGUGGGGGAUGCUGCCACUCUGAAGACAAACAAUGCAGGAAUAUCUCCACUGGUUACCUCAGCAAAACACUGUUCGAGAUCACAGUGCCGAUCACCCAAGGCACCAAGCCGGUGACCAUCAGUGUGGCCAACCACACGCAGUGCAGCUGCCUGUCCAAACUGGACGUCUACAAACAAGUUCACAGCAUCAUCAGGAGAUCCCUGCCGGCGUGUCCAAUCGCCAACAGAACGUGUCCUCCUGGUCAGUCAUGGAGCAGCAGGCAGUGUUCGUGUGUCAGCCUGAGAACCAAUGUGCACCGCAACCCCCUUCCUCCACCACUGCCUCCUCCCAGGCCCUCCCAACAGCACCUCGACGUGUUCUCAGCGGAUGUGUGUGGCUUGGAUAAGGAACUGGACCUGGAGACCUGUCAGUGUGCGUGUCGGCACGGGGGUCGAACUCAAGACUGCGGCCCGAACCGACACCUCGACCGCAACACCUGCCAGUGCGUCUGCAGCCUUCCGCCGGCUCACGCCUGCCCUCAGAACCACGUCUUCAACAAGGACUCUUGUCGGUGCACAUGUAGCAAGACGUGUCCGCGGCACCAGCCCCUCAAUAAAACUAGGUGUUCCUGUGAAUGUAACGAGUCGCCCAACAAGUGCUUCCUAAAGGGAAGGAGGUUUCACCAAGCCACUUGCAGUUGUUUCAGGCCUCCCUGUGAGGUAAGGAGGCGAAGGUGUGAACCAGGUCUCUCCUUCAGCGGGGAAGUGUGUCGCUGUGUGCCGUCCCACUGGAGACGACUGGACUAACUGCCGGCGGAUAACUUGCCGACUAGACUUAACAAGUAGAGUUUAUCAGCCGUCCUGCUGCUGGUCAUGAGUAUCCUGUCGGCUGUGAUGGCAGCUAAGUGGACCCUGGUGAACGUGGGGGAACCUUUAGUGACUGGAGUGCAGAUAUGGAAAGCUCUGGGGGAAGUGGGAAAUGCACUGACUCAGUUUGAGGGACAUUUGAUGGGAGAGCGGCUGAUCGGAGCCCGGAGAAGGCUGGAAGGAAGGACUAAGAGAGAGUCAACACUCACAUGUAUUAAAAUACUGUCUAAAUAUUUUUUAUAUAUAUAUUUGGGGGGUUUUGUAUUAAUUAUGUCUCAGUAUUCUGAUGUCAGAUAUUGAUUAUAUAAUUUAUUAAAUGUGGUUUUUCAACCUCUGUUUAUUGCAAUUUCAAACUUUUUCCAUCAAAAUACACUGAUCAUUAUUUUUGUAUCUUAUAUAGUAUAUGCGUCAAAUAAAGUAUACUGGAUGAGGCAUAUUGUCAACUUGAUAUCUGUUUUGGUUCAUAUUGGGUUUUUCAGAUCUUCAUCAUCCCCAUUUUUAUGAAGACACACAAGUGGUUGUAUAUUUGUUUUAGUAAGUUCCGUGAUAGUAAAACCUAGCAUAAGGUCAAAUCUGUGUUUGUGUCUCCAAAACUAGACAUUAGAUUUUGAACUUUUUGAAACAUCUCCUAUUGAUUUGAAUUUAUCUCAAAUUGACAGUCAAACCCAGCACACUUGAUGAGUUUUUAUUCUUGAGAGGUUGAAGUACAAAAGAGCACUUUACUUUAGUGUCUGUUUGAUACAUGAGGUCUGAGUACAUUUUUCAAUUCAGUUUAUUUUGUAUAACCCUAAAUCACAAAUUACAAAUGUGCCUCAGAGGGCUUUACAAUCUGUACACAUACGACAUCCCUGUCCCGGGACCUCACAUCGGAUCAGGAACAACUCCCAAAAGUUCUUUUCUCACCUAUCUCACGGUUUUUACUGGGGAUUAUUACUUAGUUAAAAAAAAGAGGCUUUUCUGCCUUGUUAUGUAAUUCACAAAACACCAAGGAAACAAAACGAUAACAAAGAACAAUAAAUGAUCCUUGUCUUUUUGUAUAUUGCUUUCCAUAUAAUAUUGUAUGCUCAUCAUAAGUCUCAUUUCCACUGCAGAAUGUCAGAAAAAACAUACCUGUGCAAACUCUUGCUGUUGUGUACCUCUAAAUGGCCAUCGGUCAUUGCACUGUGGAAGCAUGAGACCGGCUCUGACUACAGAAGUGUUUCUUGGAGUAUUACACACAAUAUUGUUAAAUGUAUUGAACGUAA